AUGGCGCAGCUCGCGCCCCCAGCGCCGCCCCUCCUCCUCACCAAGCGGGUGACCUCGUUCCUGCACGCCAACCUCUCGGCGCACAUCCACACCGCGGCGCUGACGACGCCCUCGGGCCGCCUGCUGGCACACGCGUCGCUGUCGUCGUCGGCCCGCGCCCUGCGCCGCCAGUGCGCCGUCGCCGCCUCGCUGUGGGCCAUCCACGGCCCGUCCUCGCGCCUCGCCGACGCCGCCGAGGCCGCGCUGCCAAAGACCUGCAGCUCCACCCCGGGCGGCGCCGGGGCCGUUGCCAGGGCCGUCACCGUCCAGCUCGCGGGCGGCGCCGUCUUCGUCGUGCGCGCCCUGCGCUGCGGCAUCCUGUUUGUGGCCGUCGGAGGGGGCGGCGGCGGGGCGUCAACGCCGGGGUCGGACCGGCCGGUCGGAUCGUCCCCGCGGGGGGAGGGCUCGGGUGUGCUGCCGCAUCUUGGGGUCCGCGAGCUGCCGCUGGCCCACCAGGGGAACGCGGGCCCCGCCGUGGUGACGGUCAGGCCGCCGUCCAGCCCGCCGCUGGGGUCGCCGUCGGAGGCGGAGAGCGUCCUCAGCGCGGGCACGGGGGCCGGGGCGAGCGUCGUCAGCCAUGCGACGAGCAGCGCGGGCGGCGGCGGCAGUUCCGGGAGCGGCAGUGCGGCGACGGUGCUGGCUACGCGGAGGCAGGCCGAGGAGUUGGCGCGGUGGCUUGACGAGAAGCUCGGGACGCUGUCCGUGCCUGAAGAGAUAAUCGGGCCUGGAUGGGAUGCUCGGUAG